CAAGGUUGUUGAGGUCUGUGUUGGGAAUAGCAGGUUGAAGGUUGCUGCUGGCUGCAGGUCUCUGUGGAGCAGAAGAGCAUUCCCCCUUUUUUCCUCAUGUCCCCCCCUGUGUGUUUCCCUGUGUGUUAGUGACCGCGCACCCCCACCUACCCCCCCCCCCCCCACCUGAUCCCUCCUGUCGUGUUGCCACUCCAGCCUGAAGCCCCCCUCUCACCCCAUGCUUGGGACAAAGCCAGCUCACUGCCAGCCCAAUGACUGCCUGGAUCGUCCUGCCUGUCAGCCUGUCUGCCUUCUCCAUCACAGGAAUAUGGAUAGUGUAUGCCAUGGCUGUGAUGAAUCACCAUGUUUGUCCUGUGGAGAACUGGUCUUACAACGUAACCUGCACAGAGGAGCUACCGCGACCAGGCUUUCCCAAGACGUGCUGCACCAUCCAGGACAUCCCCCUCAUCAGUAAAUGUGGCUCCUUCCCUCCUGAAAGCUGCCUGUUCAGCUUGAUUGGCAACGUUGGAGCCUUCAUGGUGGUGAUGGUGUGCCUUCUGCGCUACGCCCAGGUGAUCGAACACAGCCACCGAUGUUGGGUCAACACCAGCGCUCUGGUGUCCGGCUGCACCAAUGCUUUGGGCCUGGUCAUGGUGGGCAACUUCCAGGUUGAUCACGCCAAAUCUCUACACUACGUGGGUGCCGGGGUGGCGUUUCCAGCAGGGCUGCUGUUUGUGUGCCUGCAGUGUGUGCUCACCUACCGGGUGGCUGUGACCGCCCUCGACUACUGGAUGGCCCAUUUCAGAGUGGCUCUGGCACUGGGAGCCAUGGUCUCCCUCGUCCUCAGCGGCAUCUUCUUCAUCCACGAGAGCUUCGUCCUGCAGCACGCUGCAGCCAUCUGCGAGUGGGUCUUCACAGUGGACAUCCUGGUUUUCUACGGCACCUUCACCUACGAGUUUGGCACCGUCACCAGCGAGACCAUGAUGACGGGCCUGCAGCAGUGUCACCACCACGGCUCAGGGGUUAUCAUGGGAGCCAGGGCCCGGGACUCAAUACUAGGUGGGACGACUAAGGGCCUCAAGUCCCCCGGGGGGAGCAGCACAUCCAUACAUCUCAACUGUACCCCGGAGAGCAUAGCCAUGUUGUAGCUCUGCCCACUGCAGAGGUGCUUCAUGGGCUCCCACAGGUAGGCAGGAUGACAGUGGCAGCAUGUGGAGGAAGCGAGGAUGUUCUGAUCUCUUUAACAACUACAGGAUAUCCCAUCUGUAAUUCUGUACUAUCUAUUUUUUUUUCUUCUUCUUUUCUUCCAAUGUUGGUGCAAGCUGCUACAGUCAAGUGUCCUGUAGCGAUGUUAAGAGGAGGCUGAAUGUGUGAAGCCAGUCGGAGUACAGGAGUUUCCUGAACUACAAUUUUUUUUUUUUUUUUCUUUCUUUACUUUUUAUAACUGCAUCACUGGUGUGCCCACAAAGAUCCCCCCCCCUCCCUGUCCAGACACUCCUUCAUGAACGACCCAAUGCUUUGCGUGGCCCACCUGUUUUGGCCUUUUGCUUAUCUCUGCACGGCUACACUUUUUGAAUGAGAGAACAACAAUUUAUGUUAUGAGUAUUUGGAUUUGCGUAGUAAGUAGAAACAUAUUGAAUGUUUUGAGAAGUGAAUAGUUAACAGUUUUGUAUGUUUUACAGGCUUUAAGCGUAUGGCCUUUUUUAAAUCAAUCAAGCAUAAAUGAUCUGUCAAAUGAUCGGCAAAAAAUCAUUCAUUUUACUCGACAAUUUCAUUUGGUUGCGCAAACUUUGAUGGCAUUUUUGGAUUAUCUUGCAAACUAUGUGUACCUUGAGCCACUAUCAUUCUUAAGAUCACUUUCUAGGUCAUUGACAUGCAAGAGCAGAAUGUCUAUGUAGAACAGCUCUGCUCUGUUGUAAUGACGAGGACCGUGUGCAUCUCAAUCACUUUUAUCUGAGAAUCUCUGAAGUCGUCUCCCUUGAUGUCAUUCCGUUAUUGUCCCACAUGUUGCAUGAUCUGAGGAUUUCUUUGUAACCUUUUACAUUUCAUGCUACUUUUUUUUUUUUUUUUUUUUUUUUUUACUUGUCGGUCCUGUCUGGUGCAAUAAUUGCCAUCAAUCUUCUGAUCAUUUCUGCUCCACUGGGGGUGUAUGAUGCCUUUUUCAGUGUGUUGGAGUUGAACACGGGGUGUAUUUGACACCAAGACAUUUUGAAGUGACCUACAUCUUGUAUAGUAAAACAAAUGGAUGCGUAAAGGUAAAAACUAUAAUCUGACUAACACAAUUCCAGAAUAAUGUAGUUGUAUAGUUCUUGCCCCUACACUAGUCUCUCAUUACCAGACCUAGCUCCACAGUGGCCUGGCUACACUGCUGAUCUGUUCUGGGAUAGGGCUGCGUCAGGUGCGUGAGAGACGCAUUGAUAUCAGGCUUUAUCCAAGCAAUGUACAUCCGUGUAGCCAGACUACCCACACACUGAUAUGAUUCCAGACCGGACCCUUGGAAGCCUUAUUUGAGUUUUGCGAACAUGUUUUCUGUUAAAUAUGAAGCUAUCUCAAGCCUUCUCGGUAGCGUAAGGGGACGUUUUGUUCACAGGAGUAAACUGAGAGGUGAACAUAAUGUUUGUAGACCUUGUGCCAUAAACCUAAUGGUGUCAACGCAGUGUUACAAACCGACAAUAGCAUACAGGCUGUAGACUGAAGGGACUGCGUGUCCUAUGUUAAGGUUGUGUAUGAUUCCCUGUUGCCAAUUUCUCUUUAUAAUGAUAUUUACAGUUGUGAAUUAGCUUCACACCAGACUGCCACAAACUACCAAUGCUCAAAUUAAAGCUGACUAAUGCCACACAAUUUAGGUUACGCUCACAGGAAGUUUUUGUUGGAGUGAGCGAGCCGUUGGAGAAGUAUGUUUCAUAACACACAGUAUUCUGCCCUCUGCGUAGUGUUGAUUUUUUUUUUUUUUUUUUUUUUUUAUAAAUGUCUAACCACUGGAUGCCAGCAAUACGUUAUUGAAAAGGUCACAUCACCUACCUCUUAUCUUCUGUGGGUUUGAUGUUCUGAAGAAAAAGCUAGAAGUCCUACGUGUUUUCCAUCUUACAACUGUUUGAGGUUGAGGAAAGUAUUUAAUGUAAUGGCAGCUCAGCAGGCCAUAACUCAAUCCACACAGUCUCAGCAUGUGGCAGGACAGUGGAUCUGCUGUUACGAGCUGCGUUAUCACGUGUCAGGUCAGUUUUCUUUACUUUUUUGUGCAAAUGAUUUAACUUCCAAAUCUUUUAUGGGACUGCAGCAAUCCUGUGUUCUGCAAAUCUUGCCAAAAAGGAAUGGAAUCCACUGGAGUUAUAAUUGGUUUUCUGUGUGUCAGCAGUAGGUGUAUGAAUUGGUAUGAGUGCACUGUUCUAGCCUUAUCCCUCGUACUGUGCCAGGGGAAUGUUCAGAUCUUUUCUUUUUAAUCUUGUGUUCAGCUGUAGCCUGUUUCACCAAACUGUAACUAAGUCACACUGUGACUACAAAUGGCAGCUUGUAUGAGCCCUCAUCAGGGUUGGAUUUAUUAUGUAACAUCUAUUCCAUAAUACCAUCUUCCACAGGCCAACAUUUUAAAGGUGGAUUUUACUUCUUGUUUUUUUUCCUUUCUUUGUCCAAAUGUACACACUUUGUUGGUGGGAGAAUCCUAUAUUACAAAAGGCUGCCUGACCUGUACAUGUCUUGAACUCUUGCAACAGCAACACAGAAACAAUGUCUAUAAAAAUGUAUGUCAUGUUUAGAAAAAUAUGUAAAAGAAUGGUAAUGGAGUCGAGAAAUCCCACAAAACAAGUCGACAACACAGAUUAUUGUUUCCUUUUUAUAAAUUCUAUAAAUAUGUAUGAUUUGUCUAUCAUUUAGGUAUUUUCAUUUGACAGAGAUUUAUAUUCAAAUAUGAAAUAAAAAUGAUAAAUUAUU